GUUCCUCAUGGUUUGGGAGUAGGACAGGCAGGUCAGUGAAUGAAUGGCAGGUGGGGUGAUUCCGUCCCGGCCGAAGCGAGCGAUCAAAGUGACGUCGUGAUUAGUGGUGUGUUGUUGACUGGCAGGGCAAGUCUAGACAAUCGGACGAGAGGAGCAACACGGAUGCGGAGGUUGUAAAUCUGGGAUCCCGAUCCUUGUGGUCUUGCUCAUCCCAGAGAGACAGGGGCGAUACGAGGACAUUUCGGGGAUCUCCUGUCCUGUCCCGACUCUCUCCUUCUGGCGAUACUCGGUGGUUGCAUUGCAACAGAUUUCAUGCUCCAUGCUGGUUUCGGAUUGUCAAUCAUCUUUUUUGUUUCUUUCUGGUCCAGUUCAAACACAUGGGAUAUGGGGUUGAUGGGGGGAAAAAACGAAGGUGGAACAUGUAGACGUCAUGACCGAUUGAUCGAGAUUUGUCUCCGCAUCUCAACUGCGACUGAGAACAUUAUCAGACCCCGAUAUUGCAUUAGGUCCAAUUUUUCCUCCCCUCCCUCCCCCCUCCGUUCGUGGUCUUCGCCUAAGUUGGAUCUCUCCCCCACGCUGCUUGGCUCUUGUUAUCAAGUUCAAGAUUUCGGCUCUUGGGAGAAACACCGCGGGGGAAUCGUGGUAUGCACCCCCCCUUCUUUUGGAAGAUGUCCAAGACUUAAGUCCGAGCGGGUUGUUCGGAUUUCACGCUUAGUCAGGGGUGCCAGUGGUGCCAGUGGUGCCUGUGGUGCCUCAGGCCCGACUGAAUGGGGGCCUGGGGAAGGUGGACCAAGAUAAGAGGUAAUAUCCUCCUAUAACCACCUGACUUCAUAUCAUACUUGGCUCGGUCCGGAGUACUUGUACUAUACAAUUGAUCGAGCC